CGCUCAUGAUUCCAAAACUCUCCUCUUCUUCUCUCCCCUGUCCCCACAGUCGAGUGUUUUGACUUGCAGAAGAGCAAAUCACCCCCCACGUAAAUGAAUCACCCCACCCACCCCCUCUGUAUCUCUCUAUAUCUAUAUUUAUAUAUUUGUAUAUACUGAGAGAUUGGUUGUCCGAUUCAUUCUUUUAUGAUUAUACUCUUUUCUUGUCUUACAGCAAAGAAACGUUGAAGACUACAGACACCACAUAAACUCUUUCUCUCUCUCUCUUCUUUCCUCUUUUUGGCUCAGAUUCGAUCAACCCAGCAAGUGUUGUAGAUUCUGAGUUGAUUUGUGGAAAUUGGUUGGUUAAUCGAUGAGAAUGUUGAGUUAUGAAGUGUAGACCUGAAAGAUGGGGUGUGUUUUGGGUCGGGAAGUUUCAUCAGGCUUAGUACACAACGGCAGGGAGGAGAAAAGGGAAGGUGGUGUGCAUUAUGAGAAGAAGAGUCAGAGCAUUAGUGCUGAAUUAACUGAAACUUUAGAGGUCAAGGGGGCUGAAAAUGUAACUGUUCAUACUGAAGUUGUGGAAGCCGAUGAAGGUGACGAAACUAAGAAGGAUGACAAGGCGGAGCAUGACGGAAAAUCUAGGAAAGAAAAGAGAAGGUCGAAGCCUGAUCCAAGAUUAAGUAAUCCACCUAAGCAUAAACAUGGGGAGCAGGUCGCUGCUGGAUGGCCUUCCUGGCUCUCUGCUCAUGUUGGGGAAGCAAUUGAUGGUUGGCUCCCACGACGCGCUGACACUUUUGAGAAAAUUGAUAAGAUUGGCCAAGGGACAUACAGUAAUGUCUACAAAGCGAGAGAUACUGUUACUGGUAAAAUUGUUGCUCUAAAGAAAGUGCGUUUUGACAAUCUAGAACCUGAGAGUGUGAGAUUCAUGGCUAGAGAAAUUAUCAUUUUGCGACAACUAGAUCAUCCCAAUGUCAUCAAAUUGGAAGGCUUGGUUACCUCACGAAUGUCAUGUAGUUUAUACCUGGUCUUUGAGUACAUGGAUCAUGAUUUAGCUGGACUUGCUGCAAGUCCAGAUAUCAAGUUUACGGAAGCACAGGUUAAAUGCUACAUGCAUCAGCUAUUGUCUGGCCUUGAGCAUUGUCACAAUCGUCAUGUGCUUCAUCGCGAUAUUAAGGGGUCAAAUCUUCUUCUUGACAAUUCUGGCAUUCUCAGAAUUGCUGAUUUUGGACUGGCUACUAUUUUCGAUCCUCGUCAUAAGCAUCAAAUGACUAGUCGAGUGGUUACUCUCUGGUAUAGACCACCAGAGCUGCUUCUAGGUGCUACUGAUUAUGGUGUAGGUAUUGAUUUAUGGAGUGCAGGUUGCAUCUUAGCUGAGUUAUUGGCUGGAAAACCUAUUAUGCCUGGUCGGACUGAGGUAGAACAAUUGCAUAAGAUAUAUAAACUGUGUGGCUCGCCAUCAGAAGAGUACUGGAAGAAGUCCAAGUUGCCGAAUGCAACACUUUUCAAGCCUCGAGAACCCUACAGACGAUGCAUUAGGGAGACUUAUAAAGAUUUUCCUCAGUCUUCACUUCCCCUGAUUGAUACAUUACUUGCAAUUGAUCCCGCAGAACGCAAGACGGCAACUGAUGCACUACGAAGUGAAUUUUUCAAUACAGAGCCAUAUGCUUGUGAUCCCUCUAGUCUUCCAAAGUAUCCUCCGACCAAAGAAAUGGAUGCCAAACGGCGGGAUGAUGAAGCUAGACGGCUAAGAGCCGCUAAUAAAGCUCCGGGAGAUGGUGCUAAGAGAGCACGCCAUCGUGAACGGACCCGUGCUGGCCCUGCUCCAGAUGCCAAUGCAGAAAAUCAAGCUAAUAUUGACAGGCGGCGCCUAAUCACUCAUGCAAAUGCAAAGAGCAAGAGUGAGAAGUUCCCCCCACCACACCAGGACGGAGGACUUGGCGUUCCCUUGGGUGCCUCACAUCACAUUGAUCCAUCCCUUGUCCCUCCUGAUGUGCCAUUCAGUUCGACCUCAUUCACAUAUUCAAAAGAACCUGUCCAGAAUUGGUCAGGCCCUUUAGUAGAGCCUGCUUCAGCUGGUGGAAGGCGGAAGAAGCAUACUGCAGGUGAUGCCAAAAAACAUUUGUCAAAGAAAAGAUGAGAAGCAACAUUGUUUUGGGUAGCAGCAGAGUGUGAGCUUCAGAUGAGUGUUUCUAUGGCCUAUUCUGGAAAUAACAUGAAAGUGGGGGGCUGGCCAUGGCAACACUUUGAAGCAUUUUGUUAUUAAUGCACCUUCCAGAGAAGGGUUUAUAGUAUGCCCAGAGCGAAGCAUUGUUUUCCUUUUCAUUUUCCAAAUAUAGAAGGGUCCUUCUGGUUUUUGACUUCUCAAUUUGUUGUGGUGGUGAGAAGCUCCCCAGUUACAUGUAUAUUAGUACUACCAGAGUUAAUUCUUUGUGAUGGUAUGUUCGACUUCUGCAGUUGGUAGAAAAUUUUACAUCUAUAUUUGACCGGUGUAAUUGCAUCUCCUUUAUCAUACUCAUCGACAUUCUGUAAAAUUCUGCUUGUUCAUUGAUGGUUGAAAAAGGGUAACUCCUAUUAUGCAGUUCUCA